UCGUACAGUUGUUUCCUUUCUGAAGCUCUUGCUGGCUCAUACAGCAGUGCUGCAAAGUUUCAGAGUUCAGUAAAGAAUCAAGGAAAUACUGUAAAGAGAUGGAGCUUGACAAAGAUCGUUGUAUUAAGAUGAACGAUGGGAACAAAAUUCCUGCACUGGGAUUUGGUACCUAUUGCCCUGAUGCAGUUCAAAAAAGUAAAUGUGAGGAGGCUACAAAGGUGGCUAUUGAAGUUGGCUUCCGCCAUAUUGAUGGAGCCUUUGUAUAUGGGAUUGAGGAGGAGGUUGGGCGAGCCGUUCACGAGAAGAUUGCAGAUGGAACAGUCAAAAGAGAGGACAUAUUUUAUACAGGAAAGCUUUGGAGUACCUUUCACCGUCCUGAACUUGUGCGCAGCUGCCUGGAACAAUCACUGAAGAAACUUAAGUUUGACUAUCUUGAUCUCUUCAUCAUCCACAACCCCAUGUCUCUAAAGCCUGGGACAGAUACAUUGCCAAAGGAUGAAAAUGGAAAAUUCAUUUUCGAUGUUGUAGAUCUGCGUCAGACUUGGGAGGCCAUGGAGGCAUGUAAAGACGCAGGGUUGGUGAAGUCCAUUGGAGUGUCCAACUUCAACAUCAGACAGCUGGAGAUGAUCCUGAACAAACCAGGGCUCAAGUACAAACCUGUUCUCAACCAGGUUGAAUGUCACCCUUACCUCAACCAAGGCAAAUUACUGGCCUUCUGCAAAUCCAAGGAUAUCCUCCUUGAAGCCUAUAGUGUUCUGGGAACACAGAGAGACAAGACCUGGAUAGACCAAAGCACCCCAGUUCUGCUGGAGGAUCCAGUAUUGGGUGCAAUUGCCAAAAAAUACAGCCGAAGCCCCGCUCUAGUAGCCCUGCGCUACCAGCUGCAGCGUGGUAUCGUGGUCCUCUUUAAGAGCUUCACCAGAAAGCGUAUUGAAGAAAACUUCCAGGUUUUUGACUUCCAGCUCUCUGAGGAGGACAUGAAAACCAUUGAUGGGAUGAACAAAAACCGUUCCUAUCUGCAUUAUGAACAAUAUUUGGGCCACCCACAGUUUCCAGUUACGGAUGAAUAAUGGAAAGGAUCUUUUUUCAUUGUUCCUGAUUUUAUUUCAUGCAUAAGGAAAAUCAUUCAUACAUUUUAUCUCCUUGCCCCAUUCCUGUGAUUAGUCCUAGAGAAGAACCCUGUUUUGGAAACCCACCUUCUGCUGGUGAUGUCAAGAGAUCUGCACUGUACAUUUAAACAGAAAUUCUAAACAACUCAGUCUCUGAAUGGAAUGGCAUUUCAUUGCUAAUUGGGAAAAAAUAAAAAUGUCUGUGUAAUGCA